GGUGGGGAGCCGCCGCGGGCCGAGACUUUAAAUCGCCUUCAUUUCCCCCAAAUCCUUCCUUUUCCUCUCCUCCCCCAGGCCGGCGGGGAGGCAGCUUCCAGCGCCCGCCGCGCGCCCUCGCCCGGCCUUGCUCUGCCUCCCGGGGCCGCCAGCAGCCCGCCUCCAAAAGUUUGAUCAUCUCUCUCUCUUUUUCCUGCUUCUUCUUCCUUUUCGGUGGAAGCAGGAAAAGAGCGCGGCAGGGGCGAGCGCGGCGCCCGGACUCCUGGGACCAUGGGCCUGGCGCGGGCGCCCGCGGGGCCCCAGCCGCGCCGCCUGCCUGCUCGGGCGCCCCGGGGCGCGGGGCUGCGCUGGGGGCGCGGGGGCCGCGCGCUCUGAGCCGGCCUGGCGCGGCGGGGCGGGGGGCUGGCGGCCCCAUGGGGCGCGCCCACACUUGCCCCCCGGGCUCGGGAGCAUGAAGUAGGGGCCUGCCAUGGGAGCGGGAUCGGCGCGGGGGGCCCGAGGCACAGCGGCGGCGGCGGCGGCGGCGCGCGGGGGGGGGUUUCUCUUCUCCUGGAUCUUAGUCUCGUUUGCCUGUCACCUGGCCUCCACCCAAGGAGUUCCUGAAGAUGUGGACGUCCUGCAGCGGCUCGGCCUCAGCUGGACAAAGGCGGGGGGCGGCCGGAGCCCCGCGCCCACGGGGGUCAUUCCAUUCCAGUCGGGCUUCAUCCUCACGCAGCGGGCCCGGCUGCAGGCCCCCACGGCCGCCGUCAUCCCUGCCGCCCUGGGCACAGAGCUGGCGCUGGUGCUGAGCCUCUGCUCCCACCGGGUGAACCACGCCUUCCUCUUCGCCGUCCGCAGCCGGAGGGGCAAGCUGCAGCUGGGCCUGCAGUUCCUCCCCGGCAGGACGGUUGUCCACCUGGGGCCCCGGCGCUCCGUGGCCUUCGACCUCGGCGUGCACGACGGGCGCUGGCACCACCUGGCCCUCGAGCUCCGUGGCCGCACCGUCACCCUGGUGACGGCCUGCGGGCAGCGCCGGGUGCCCGUCCCGCUGCCUUUCCACAGGGACCCCGCGCUCGACCCCGAGGGCUCCUUCCUCUUUGGGAAGAUGAGCCCGCAUGCAGUCCAGUUUGAAGGUGCCCUGUGCCACUUCAGCAUCCACCCCGUGACGCAGGUCGCUCACGAUUACUGUACCCACCUGAGAAAGCAGUGUGGCCGGGCCGACACACACCGGCCCCAGCCGGGACCCCUCCUCCCCCAAGACUCCGGCAGACCCUUCACCUUCCAGACCGACCUUGCCCUGCUGGGCCUGGAGAACUUGACCACUGCCACACCAGCCCUCUCUCGGCCAGCAGGCAGGGGGCCCAGGGUGACCGUGGUGCCUGCCACGCCCGCCAAGCCCCUAAGGACUAGCCCCGCAGCCCCUCACCAGCCUACCGCAGCAGGACGCCCAGCCCGGACCCCACUGCCGCCUGCCAAGCUGCCAGCCAGUAACACCCCUGCCCCUGUGCCCCCAGCCUCUCUGGCCAGCUCCACCAGAAUUCCUCGCCCUGCAGCCACCCAGCCAUCGUGGAAGAUCAUGGCCACCCAAAUCCCGAAGAGUCUCCCUGCCGAGCCUUCAGCCCCUUCUUCAAUUGCCCCCAUCAAGAGCCCCCACCCUACCCGGAAAACUGCUCCACCUUCAUUCACAAAGUCAGCCCUGCCCGCCCAGCACCCGGUGCCACCCACUUCCCGCCCAGGUCCUGCCAAAGUCUCCCGUCCCUCGGUGAAGCCCCUGCAGAGGAACCCCGUGACACCCAGGCUCCCUCCACCCAGCGCCCGGCCCCUACCCCCCGCCACUGGCUCCCCUAAAAAGCCCAUUCCCUCGGCAGCCCAGCCUGGGGCCAAGAUGACCAGCCGUGCCAGUAAGCCCGCCGCUGCCCACGCCGGCACCCGCAAGCCUCCCCAGCCCACUGUCUCCCCUUCUCCUGCCCCCACUCCCGGCCCCACCAGGGCCACCCAGCCAGCUGCCACGACGGUGCCUCCAACCUCAGGCACCAGAACUCCCCGAACGGCCCCUCCCGUCCCCACUCCUGCCUCAGCCCCCACUGGAAGCAAGAAACGCACUGGAUCCAAAGCCUCAAAGAAAGCCGGACCCAAGAGCAGCCCGCGGAAGCCUGCGCCCCUCAGCCCGGGGAAGGCAGCCAGGGAUGCCCGGUCGAGCCACCUGACCCACACACCCAGCCCCACACGGGCCCAGCCCCGUCGGCAGACCACCUCGGCCCUGGGACUGGCCCCCGCGCAAUUCCUGUCCUCCAGCCCGCGGCCCACGAGCAGUGGCUACUCGUUCUUCCACCUGGCGGGACCUACGCCUUUCCCUCUGCUGAUGGGGCCUCCGGGGCCCAAGGGAGACUGUGGCUCGCAGGGUCCCCCUGGGCUACCUGGGCUACCCGGACCCCCUGGUGCACGAGGGCCUCGGGGUCCUCCUGGGCCUUAUGGAAAUCCGGGUCUCCCUGGCCCUCCCGGAGCCAAAGGACAGAAAGGGGACCCGGGGCUCUCACCAGGAAAGGCCUACGAUGGGCCAAAGGGUGACAUGGGCUUGCCUGGGCUCUCCGGGAACGCAGGACCUCCGGGACGAAAGGGACACAAGGGCUACCCUGGACCGGCGGGGCACCCCGGAGAACAGGGGCAGCCGGGACCUGAGGGCAGCCCAGGGGCCAAAGGUUACCCUGGCAGGCAGGGGUUACCUGGACCUGUAGGAGAUCCCGGCCCCAAAGGCAGCCGGGGCUACAUUGGACUCCCAGGGCUCUUCGGCCUGCCAGGGUCUGAUGGCGAGCGAGGCCUGCCUGGUGUUCCUGGCAAGAGGGGCAAGAUGGGUAUGCCGGGGUUUCCUGGAGUCUUCGGGGAAAGAGGACCUCCAGGGCUGGAUGGAAACCCCGGAGAACUGGGCCUGCCAGGGCCCCCAGGAGUCCCCGGCCUCAUUGGCGACUUGGGAGCGUUGGGUCCAAUUGGCUACCCAGGACCCAAGGGCAUGAAGGGACUGAUGGGCAGCAUGGGGGAGCCCGGACUGAAAGGUGAUAAGGGCGAACAAGGGGUUCCAGGUGUGUCAGGAGAUCCCGGAUUCCAAGGAGACAAGGGGAGCCAGGGGUUGCCAGGGUUCCCCGGCGCACGAGGGAAGCCAGGGCCGCUGGGCAAAGUUGGAGACAAAGGAUCUCUGGGGUUUCCUGGGCCCCCUGGACCCGAGGGAUUCCCAGGAGACAUUGGCCCCCCUGGGGACAAUGGCCCCGAAGGCACGAAGGGUAAGCCUGGAGCUCGAGGCCUGCCAGGACCCCGUGGGCAGCUGGGCACUGAGGGAGAUGAGGGACCCACGGGGCCACCAGGGGCCCCUGGCUUGGAGGGCCAGCCCGGCAGGAAGGGGUUUCCUGGGAGGCCCGGCCUGGAUGGCGUGAAGGGGGAGCCAGGUGAUCCCGGACGGCCAGGGCCCAUGGGCGAGCAGGGACUUGUGGGAUUCAUCGGUCUGGUCGGGGAGCCAGGAAUCGUGGGAGACAAGGGCGAUCGCGGCAUGAUGGGACCCCCAGGCGCACCCGGACCCAAGGGGGCGAUGGGUCACCCUGGGACGCCUGGUGAUGUGGGGACCCCCGGAGAGCCUGGACCCCCGGGUCCUCCAGGAUCUCGAGGCCCACCAGGCGUGCGGGGAGCAAAGGGACGUUGGGGCCCCCGAGGACCGGACGGACCAGCUGGGGAGCAGGGGUCCAGGGGCCUGAAGGGCCCCCCAGGACCACAGGGCAGACCGGGCCGGCCUGGACAGCAGGGUGUGGCUGGUGAGCGAGGCCACUUGGGCCUGCCUGGCUUUCCAGGCAUCCCGGGGCCCUCAGGCCCCCCAGGCACCAAGGGCCUCCCAGGAGAACCGGGCCCCCAGGGACCCCAGGGGCCAAUCGGGCCUCCCGGAGAGAUGGGACCCAAGGGGCCACCUGGCGCCGUGGGAGAACCGGGCCUUCCCGGGGAAGCCGGGAUGAAGGGUGACCUCGGACCCCUGGGCACCCCUGGGGAGCAGGGCCUCAUUGGGCAGCGGGGAGAGCCGGGCCUAGAGGGCGACAGUGGCCCCGCGGGCCCCGACGGACUGAAGGGGGACAGGGGUGACCCGGGGCCUGACGGCGAGCACGGCGAGAAAGGCCAGGAAGGACUGCCGGGUGAGGAUGGGCCCCCCGGGCCGCCCGGCGUCACCGGUGUCCGGGGGCCGGAGGGCAAGUCGGGGAAGCAAGGCGAGAAGGGCCGGACUGGAGCCAAGGGCGCCAAGGGCUACCAAGGACAGCUGGGUGAGAUGGGCGUCCCCGGAGACCCUGGACCCCCCGGCACCCCAGGCCCCAAAGGGUCCCGGGGCAGCCUGGGACCGACGGGUGCUCCAGGACGGAUGGGGGCCCAAGGCGACCCGGGCCUGGCUGGUUACGACGGACACAAAGGCAUUGUGGGACCCCUUGGACCCCCUGGACCAAAAGGCGAAAAGGGGGAGCAGGGCGAGGACGGCAAGGCCGAGGGCCCCCCCGGGCCGCCUGGAGAUCGGGGCCCUGUGGGUGACCGAGGAGACCGCGGGGAGCCGGGGGACCCCGGAUACUCUGGACAGGAGGGCGUGCCAGGCCUCCGUGGAAAGCCGGGCCAGCAGGGCCAACCCGGACAUCCGGGACCCCGGGGCCGGCCGGGACCCAAGGGAUCGAAAGGUGCAGAGGGGCCAAAGGGAAAGCAAGGCAAGGCCGGGGCACCAGGCCGGAGGGGCGUCCAGGGCCUGCAGGGGCUGCCCGGCCCCCGCGGCGUGGUGGGGAGGCAGGGCCCCGAGGGCGUCGCUGGACCAGACGGGCUUCCCGGCAGGGACGGGCGAGCAGGACAGCAGGGGGAGCAGGGAGACGACGGGGACCCUGGCCCCAUGGGCCCUGCUGGGAAGAGAGGAAAUCCAGGUGUGGCCGGCUUGCCUGGAGCACAGGGACCCCCAGGAUUCAAGGGUGAAAGUGGGUUACCAGGACAGCUGGGUCCCCCUGGCGAGCGAGGGACAGAGGGCGGAACAGGGCUUCCUGGGAGCCAGGGGGAGCCUGGAUCCAAAGGCCAGCCGGGCGACUCUGGUGAGAUGGGCUUCCCAGGAAUGGCUGGUCUCUUCGGACCCAAGGGCCCCCCUGGCAACAUUGGCUUCAAGGGCAUCCAGGGCCCUCGGGGGCCUCCCGGCCUGAUGGGAAAAGAAGGCAUCAUCGGGCCCCUCGGAAUCCUGGGACCCUCUGGACUCCCGGGUCCGAAAGGUGACAAAGGCAGCCGCGGGGACUGGGGAUUGCAAGGUCCGAGGGGACCUCCCGGCCCGAGAGGACGGCCCGGCCCCCCGGGUCCUCCAGGGGGUCCUAUCCACUUUCAGCAAGACGACCUCGGGGCAGCUUUCCGGACGUGGAUGGACACCAGUGCAGCACUGAGGCCAGAGGGCUACAGCUAUCCGGACCGGCUGGUGCUGGACCAGGGAGGGGAGAUCUUUAAAACCUUACACUACCUCAGCAACCUCAUCCAGAGCAUUAAAACGCCGCUGGGCACCAAAGAGAACCCCGCCCGAGUCUGCAGGGACCUGAUGGACUGUGAGCGGAAGAUGGCGGACGGAACCUACUGGGUGGAUCCCAACCUGGGCUGCACCUCCGACACCAUCGAAGUCUCCUGCAACUUCACGCAUGGCGGACAGACGUGCCUCAAACCCAUCUCGGCCUCCAAGGUCGAGUUUGCCGUCAGCCGGGUCCAGAUGAAUUUUCUGCACCUGCUCAGCUCCGAGGUGACGCAGCAAAUCACCAUCCACUGCCUGAACAUGACCGUGUGGCAGGAGGGCACGGGGCAGACGCCAGCCAAGCAGCCUGUGCGCUUCCGGGCCUGGAACGGGCAGAUUUUUGAAGCUGGGGGUCAGUUCAGGCCCGAGGUGUCCCUGGAUGGCUGCAAGGUCCAGGAUGGCCGCUGGCACCGGACGCUCUUCACCUUCCGGACCCAAGACCCCCAGCAGCUGCCGAUCGUCAGCGUGGACAACCUUCCCCCUGCCUCAUCAGGGAAGCAGUACCGCCUCGAAGUUGGACCUGCGUGCUUCCUCUGACCUCUGACCUUCCGGCUCCUCUAGGCCUCCUGGGGAGGGGAGAGGAGGGGAGGCGGGGGUGGGGAGGGGGUACCGAGGGGCCAGUGGCUCCGGGAGAGGCAGCUCCCCUGCCCCAGGAUCCUUGGCAGCCCCCCGCCGUUGUCUGCCCAGUCGAAGUGGGCGGGGGCGGCAGGGCACAGGGUGUCCUUGGGAACCACGGGUCCAGCUCAGCCCAAAGACCAACCAAAGAGCCAGCCAGAGCGAGCUGGGCCUGCGACCCGCCGGAGCCCCGCGGCCUGUCUGCCAGCUCCGCGGCCACCCCUGCCCUCCCCAGCUUCCUGCCCAGAGAGCCCCACAUUCCAGCCAGCUGGAGGGGAGGGGGCGUCUCGCCAGCCAGUCCCUGCCUGGGAGCUUUUGAUGUGCAAUAUUAGCAAGGAGACAUGAAAAAAGGAGAGAAGGAAAGACAGAAGUUUAUAUAUAUUAUUUAAACGGGGAGAAGGUGUGCUACCUGUCUCACCUGGGGAAGGGGUGCGAGGAUGAGAAGGAGCAGCAGGGGUGGGGAGCGGCGAGAUCCUCGGGGCUGGGGGUGCCCCCCUUUGCUACCUCCCACUGUGAAAUCGCUGGUGCUCACAAGUGUCUCGUAGUGUAUGUGAUGUUUUUAAGGAAAAAAAAAAAAACAAAAAACCCUUAUUUAAGAUUCUGAAGGUGCUACCGUUUUUGCCACAGACUUUGAAGAAACUGUUCGAUGUCAGACACCAUCCACGUCUUGCUCUCUCGCCUCCAAAUGACAAACGUUUGGGGAAUUUUCGAAUUUUCCUAGCAUCACCCUUGUGCUUAUCAGGUAAUCUGCUAAGGAAGAAAAAGGAAAAAGAAAAAAGAAAAAUGCAAAAAAAAAAAAAAAAGGAAAAAAUAAAAAAACAACAAAAAAAACAACCUGCCAGAAACCAGAAGUAGAGAGAUUUACCUUUUAAUUUAUGGACUUUGAAGUGUCUGUCCUUUUAAGGCAGCGGGGAGGCCUGGGCGUGAAUCGUUUUGCUUGGCCUUUGGUGGCCCUGGAGGGAGGUUGGGCUUGCCCUGGAAGCCACACUCUGGACAGGUCCUGGGGGAGGCCUUGACCUUGAAGAAACCAACCACGAGCGCAGCGCUGGGUCGCGGAGUUGGAGUGUAAAUGUCAGACCAUCUCACGAAGCCACGUGGCGUGUCCCGCUUCCAGGAUGCCACCUCCCAAGAUGCAGUCAUCGUUCUUGCUUUCUCAGUGUCAUUAGGUUCUGUAGAAACCCACUGUCGCUAGCUCCAAGCAUCCAUUUGGGCCAAAGGAGAAAGAAUAAUUAUGGGAAUCUCAGAGUUCAACGCGUCAGUGACAUUCAGUGUCACCUGAAUUGUACGAGGUCAGCCGUACGCGUCUGCGCCCCAAUUGGAGUUUGAGGUUAUUUUUAACGAUGAAGUUAUUUUUAUAGAAGGGGAAAAUUUAUGUGAAAAAUCUCUAUUUGUGUAUUUCUCUCCUAAAGUCGUGUCUGUUGGGGAGUUGGAUUUGAUCUGCAUUAUUUAAUACCUCACUCUGGCCCACCCUCCCGCCCGGUCACCUCCUGUCUUCCCCACCCGCCGCCCAGCCGGGCGCUCCGGGGGAAAGUGCAUGUGCGGCCCUCAGUCCCCCCCUGCCACCUGUCUCCACCGGCCUCUGUCUCAUUUUUGGGUUUUCUGCUGUCCUCGUGUAUGUCUCUGUCCACAUGUCAGUGUGUUAAAACCCCGGUGGGUUCCAUUUCUCCUUUUCCCUUCCGGACUUUAAAUAAAUAUUUAAAAGCGAGGCAAUGGAA